AUGUCUCAAGAGCAAGAGGAGUUACAAGUAGUCGCCGCAGAAGCGCAAUCACGCCUAGGCGGCGCCAAUCCCGACUUCAACGACCUGAUUGCAAAAGCCCUCAAGAACAAUGUCAAAAUCACCACCGAGGAAGUAAUGCGCAUCUGGCAGAUUUCCACCAGCCGCAACAUCCCGGGCCUAACACACGAAAUUCUCUGGAUCGAGCAAGGUACCGACAGGGCCGGCUACAAGCACAUGUUGAAGCACAAAGCGGAUUUCGAAAAAGUCGGCGUCUCCGAGGACAAACUGGCAGAAGUUGCAGAGGCCGCAACUACGGUUGGCAAACCGGGAGGAAUGCAGGGAAACAAGUCCCCGGGACGACCGAUUCUAGGGCUCUUUUUUCAUAAGAAGCCGCUUGCUGUGGCUAUAUCUGUGGGGUCCAAUGGGUUCGUUGUCGGGAUGAAUCCUAGCAACUUCGAUAACUUCCUCGAAAAAGCUGGGAUCGAUCAGAAUGAGGUGGAAGAACUGCAUUCUUGGCCCAUUCCGUCGGUUUGA